AUGGUUAAACAAGAAAUUCUCUCAAUAUUAAUACUUCUUUUAUUCAGCACGAGCUGUUCGGUUGCUAUUUUUGACUUACCUUCUCUUGAAAUGAUUCCCACAGUAGUUGGAAAUUAUGAAUUUCCUAAAGGUAUUAAAAUUGCAAAAAAUAUCACACCUCCAGCUGGUCAUGUGUUUAAGUUUUAUUUAAUCGUUAGUGGAUAUAGCUGGCAUAGAUGCGUUAAUAAGACAUGGAUAUUUGAGGAAAGUCGUGGGUUAUUUUUUAAUAAUGACGAAGAUAUACAUUACUAUCCUCUUUCAACUUCGGCUUCUACAUUUAAAAAUGAUGCCGUAUCAGGUGGUGAAAUUUCACUUGGUGUUAAAUCAAUUAUUCCAGAAUACCUCACAACUAAAAAUUCAGUAAAAGGGGCAUUUGAGGAUGUUACCUAUAUUGUUCGUCCUAAAAUUAAAGGUGGAAAUGCUCCUACAAUACCAUGUGGCAAUGAACAAUAUCCAGAAGGAUUUAUUCAUUCCAGACCAUUUAUCUUAAGUUAUAUUUUAACGGCUAUAUUUCAUUACCAAAAGUAUAUGACAUCGUGA